AAACCUUGAAACGCGUCAUCUUCGUUUUCAAACUUCAAUUCCCUUUUCAUUUCCUCGUUGACCGACGACAGCCACCAGCCACCAACUCCACCACCACCCUCCGCCGUGUUCAGCUCUGAAGGUUUUCAUAAGUUUGCAGUUCGCAUGCUCGACGCUUUGCCCCAGUAAUCAGAGCGUAAUUCUCUUCUCUGUCUCUUUCUACUCUUAACCUUUUCAACUUUUAGGGCAUGUCUGUUUCUGGAAAAUUAUAGAGAGAGAAAAUUGGAAGUGGGAAACUGAAAAGGUUGGAUUUUUUAGGGUUGUUUGUACUCUGUAUGCUCGUUUGACCUUUAAGUAUUUAUAAAGAAAAAAAUUGAAAACUUUUUUCUUUUUGGAAGAGUUCAGUAAUAUAUGGUAUCUGGGAUUUGAAUAUUCUGUGGGAAGAAUAAGUUGUUUAUUGAGAUUUCCGUGGUUACUUUUGUGAACUGAAGCAGAAGUUUUGGCUGGAGUUGAAGCUGGUUGAUGUAUGGGUAUCACUGUCUGCGGUGAUAUUUCUUUAAUUUCAAGUGUAGGGUUUCUUGUUAUCAAACUUGUAGAGGGUCUUUCGCAGUGAUAUAAAAUUUGAGUUGCAUUAUAUAAUUCCUUUUUAGUUGAAGUGUUGUAAAAGAGGGAUUUAAAGAUAAAAUCUUUUGGAGUUCGGUGAUUGUCUUGAAGUUAUUGAGAUGGAUAAUAGGAAUCCAGAUCAUUUGGGUGUGAAUAAAUUUGGGAAGAAUAUCAAGAAGAGUCCUAUACACCAACCCAAUUUCAACAACACAAAUAGUGCUCGGCCACAACCUCAACCUCAGGUUUAUAAUAUUAACAAGAAUGAUUUUCGGAGCAUUGUUCAGCAACUGACAGGUUCACCUUCUCAAGAGCCUCCACCUAGACCUCCUCAGAAUCCUUCAAAGCCUCAGAGUAUGAGAUUACAAAAGAUUCGGCCACCGCCUCUGACUCCAAUAAAUCGUUCCCAAAUUCCAAUCCACCCUCCUGCACAGGUCCCAGCCCCUGCCCAAUCUGCAGGAGGUGUUCCUUACCAUAACACUAUUGUGAGACCGCCUCACUAUGGUCAGCCGUCACCCUCUAUGUUACCACCCACUCCUGGAGAUGUAUGGACAAAUACAGCUGAGUCUCCAAUUUCAGUUUAUAUGCGUUAUCUUCAAAAUUCAAUAAUAGAUUCUGGGCCUAGACAAGCACAAUUUCAAGGUCCUGGUCAUUUUCAAGCACAUCCACCAUCAUCUGGUUUACUACCUAAUCCUUCAAUGCCACUUCUUCCAUCUCCUAGAAUGAAUGGCCCACCCCCUCUUCCAUCCCCACGUUUGAAUGGUCCUCCUCCACCUCUUCCUUCCCCGGGAAUAAAUGGGCCUCCUCCUUUGCCUUCACCGACUUCUCAGUAUCUUUUGCCAUCACCCACUGGCUUUUUGAACUUGUUAUCUCCCCGGUCCCCUUAUCCAUUGCUUUCUCCGGGUAUGCAUCAUCCUCCACCACUUACACCAAAUUUCUCCUUCUCUCCCAUGGCCCAGCCUGGGAUUUUAGGCCCGGGACCACAAUUUCCUCCUUCUCCUGGUUAUGGAUUUCCUUUGUCACCUUCCGGGUUCUUCCCCAUUUCAAGUCCAAGAUGGAGGGAUCAAUAAUGCUAGGAAGAGAGCUGCUGACUUUGGAUGGCACCUUUGAUCUGAUUCUUUGCUUUGAGUUCUGUCGUGGUGGCAGACCUCCCGCAAAUUGAAGCUUUUUCCCUGUGGAUAUGCAGUGUAUCCUAGCAAAAUAGUUUGUAGCAGAUGUAUCUCUUUAUUUGCAUAGCGCUUUGAACAUGUAGUACAUUUAGCAACUCAACUGGACAGUUGAAAAGGUCUGUAGCUUGUUAGAUGAUGGUUUAUUCAAUUUAUAUGUAGCUGGCAAGGUUCUUGUAUUCUUUGUAAUAUCACCUUUGGGAUCAAAUAUUUUGGUUUUUGUUAAUCUUCUUCCUCUCGUGUAGAUUAAUUAUCUGCUCAUUGUGUCA